UUUUGGUCCCCUGGUUGUUACAAAAAAAUUUCCUUCCCUUUCGCUCCUGUCUGUUGCAUAACAUUGCCGACGGCAUUGCAGCAAAAGACUGGGCAGAUCUACAGGAUUUAUUCUCCAACAAUUCAUAUUCAUCCUGAUAUUGCGACAUGAUUCGCCCUUUUCUAAGCUGGCUCUCCGAGCCGGUGUCAGCACCGGCGGAGGCUUCUCCCAACCAUGCUCCGAGUCAAUCGAAACCGGGGCGAAAGAGAAAAAAGGCCGGUCUCAUUGCUCGCCGGAAUGUAUCGAAACUACCAAGCACUUUUCGAACGAGGAAAGGAACUUUGAGCCUUCCUUCGAGAUCUCGACCCAAACGGCCCUCCUCCAAAAUGGUACGCUUGGCUCGACGUGGGCGUCUGACUGGCUUUCUUGAGAAAGGCGUUAUAGUCAGUGCGAAAGAGUUUGGGGAGAAGGCCAAUCCCGCAACGGCGCGAAUUCGCCUCAACAAAGAUUUUGAUUUUGAAACGGAUCAUCUCUCCGAUGAAAGCGAGUCCAUGGAUGUUGAGGAGCGCAAUCCUGACAAUUUGUUUUAUAUAUCUCUUGGUGAUUCUGAGCUUCCAAGCUAUCACUUUUGGAAGGGCCCUGAAGAUGUUGAUCCCAUUGAGAAUCAGAAGCCCUUUGACUGGGACGCUUACUUCAAUCGCAUCUUCCCUCAAGGCAAAACCGAAGCCCAUGCAGAUGUGGAAGAGCCUUGGCGACAGCUUAUCAAGAACAACAACAAGUUCGAAGGAAACAACAUUUGGAACCACGAGAAAAACGAUUCCCGCCUAUCCAAAAUUGUUACCACCGAGAGUGAACUAGAAUAUUCAUUGCCCUUGGACAAUGCGGUUGACGGCGUAGCUAAUGGUCUUGAUUUCGAAAGAGGGGACGCUCGUUACUACACUGAUAGAAGCUCUUUCGCUACUGAGAAUGAAGUGGAUGGCCCGGAUUAUGGCGGCAUGCAGACAGUAGUGGACUCAUCGGAGCUUUCAGGGCUGGAUCAGUCAUUAUCAAAUGGAGGGUCUGUUCAUCGAAAACGCAAAAGGCACACAGCACCCGAUUUCGUCGAAUCGAGAGCUCCUUCUUCCGGUCGAAGCUCGUCCAGUUCAGGGCAAGCUUACUACGACCGGCUCAUCCGGUCUUUGCCAAAAGACGCCAUUCUAAGGAACCCUCGGAACCUGGCAGAGAAGACCCAAAGCCAAACUAAACAUAGGGUGUUACUCCAUAGUAUGAAAGGAGGACUUUAUCUCAAAGACGACGCAUUCGAGACUUUCGUGUGUACUGCUGGGAAAUUGCUGGGGAUUCCUAAGAUACCAACAGUUGAAGAGUUCUGGAUAUACAUUUACGACCCAACGAGUGGUUACGAGGAUAAAUAUUGGAUAAGUAAAGCGACCGGUUUGGCAACUUUCGACAAAGAUGUUAAACCAACCUUCAAAUCUCCUGUUGCCGAAUAUCGAUUGCGGCGCAAGGAAGUCGAGGAUGAAGAGAAUAUGGAAUAUUUCUUUCCUGAACUCACUGGCCCUUGGGUGAAACUAGUCAACAACGAUAUUGGCUAUGUAUGGAUUAAGCCUGACUACCAGAACGGUCCAAUCGGUCAGAGAGCAAUUGCGGAUUUUAUAGGCAAUCUUGUUCGGUUUCUAUUUCCCAGAAGUACUAGAAGGUACUUGUUUGAAAUGAAAAGUUCAAAUCGAGCGGUACAGUUGAAUACAAUGAACGAGUUCUCGUCUAUACAGCGAAUGUUGAAAUCAUUCAUCUCUGCCAUACCAAAAUCUGACGAACAGCCCGCACCUGAGAUCUCAAUAACCCCGAUGGAACCAGGAAAUGUGGAUAAAACCCAAUCGAAAAUUACAUCUGGGCCUGAGAUUGUUGUAAGCGGAAAGCCACCUGCAAAAGUGGUAUGUCUCAAUGCGAUAUAAUGUUGGCAUAAUCUCACAUUUCUUAGGAAAUCCCGAAGCCUAAAGCUCCCAUGGAAGCCCCUAAAAAUGUUCCUAGGGUUCUGGAGCCUGGAAAGAACCAGAAAGAGGAUGCUCAAG